GAUGUCUCCUAUAAGAAGGUGGUAUCGACCGGACGCGCCAACUAUGAAACCAAGUAGAAAGUGGGAGGGCAGCCUUGGUAGCUAGUGGAAGUUUUGUUCUGUUUUACCAGUUCUACUUGGAUUAUUUUCGGUCGUUUGUUGUCCACAGUCACACAGAUUGCAAGAGAUGUAACAAGCUGCAAGAAUAAGGACCAUGAGUGGAAGACAGUUCCUGGAGACCCUGAAGCAGAUUGGUUAUCCAAAGUCACAUGACUAUCAGCCAGAUGAUUUUGAUUGGCUGUUUGAGAGUGAGGCUGCAACUCCAUUUUUGAGGUGGUUCUGUGAGAAUGUUGGUCCUGACAAUGUGCUCACUGAGGAAGAGCUGCAGAAAUUUGAGGAACUGCAGCUGUCUGGUGCACCCAUCCUGGAGGGUCGUCAGCUGGAGGAGGCUCUACAGAGCAUGCCCAGGGAGGAGAAAACAAUGUCUGCAGAACAACUCAGGGAGGAAGUAUCUCGGCUGGAGGAGGAGCUCAACACUUGUGAGACAAGGAAGAAAAUCCUGCUGCACCACAGGAACAAACUCAGCCUGCAUCAGACAGCUACAAACCACAGCCUGUCUAAACUGGACGCUGUACAGGAAGCUGCUAAACAGGAGCACAGGAAACAGGUGGACAAGUGUAGGGAGGAUGACUCUAAGAUGAACACAGAUUUGGAAGAGCUGACCCAAACUGUGAGUAAGCUGACGUCCCUGUACACAAGUGCAUCUGACAGCUGCAGUACCACCGCCAGUCAGCAGGGGGCAGCCUUCCUCUCUCAGCUCCCACUAGAAGACCACUUUGCUAAGGAGGAUGCCUUCAUGCAGCAGCUGACUGACUACACCAAAAGGCAGUUCUUUGAUGGUAUAGCAGACCUGGCCGGCCAUGCUGAGGGUUCUCGGUACCAGUUCCUGGACGUGAGGGACCCGUCCAGUCUGCUGGUGACCGGGGAAACUGACCAGGUCAUCAGGAAGAACUGUCACGAGCUCGCCAGGCUUCAGAACAUCUUCCCACUGAGCCAGAGACAAUACAUCCAGGCUAAGGUUCAGGAGAGCAGAACCCGUGCUGCACGCCAGACUAUGGAGAGGAAACUACAACAGUUACAUAGUAAACCGUAUCCCGAGGACACUGCAAAACUCAGUAAACAGCUGCAGGAGACCCAGGCCGUGCUGAGCGCGGUGCAGAGGGAGUCGGCCGUGCUGUCGGAGGGGGAGGUACCGAGACUGAUCCAGGCUAACGCAGAGCUGCAGGCCACCAGGAUCCUGCAGGGAGACUACGACCUGAAGAUCGCUCGUCAGGACUACUUUAUCUCCAAACAGGAGGAGGUGAUCAGUCAGCUGUUGAAGCAGCGUGCUCGUAAUGAGUUUCUCCUGACGGCGCUGGAAGUGGAGGGCCACGCCCACCGGGAGACACGACGACUACUCAUGGCCCUGCGGAAGGAUCUGGAGAAGGCUGUUACCAUGACGCAGGACAGACUGGCCAUCCUACAAGAUCCAGUGUACAAGACAUCACGAUCAGCGAGGGCAACCAUCGACUCCCGGGACAACUUCACUCUCAGACUUCACAAUAUGAUAGUCGGAACCCCCAAUGAGGACCACGACAGGAAACAGCCGCUGUUUCGUACGUACGCCAGUCUGGAGGACGGAUCCCGCAGUCUGAACCACGAACUACAGACCCUGCAGACAGGCCUGCAGGACUCCAGUACUGGCAAGGAGGACAAGCUUGCCCAGCUAGAGACCAGUGUGCAGGACCUAGGGGCCACCGUGUAUGACAGGGCCGCCCCCGGCAGCGGGCCAACCACUCUCGGGCCAAAGGCCAUCUUGGACUCUAUGUUGAAGUUGGAUCUGACCUUGAAAGACCUUGAAGCCAGCCUGAUGGAGACCUUGAAGGACAUGAACAAGAAGAAAAGGGAGCUGCAGAAUGACCCAAACCUGGUGAAGGAGCGCCACCUAUUUGUAGACUUCUUCACUGCACCUGACCGCCUGAAGGACACCAUAGAUGACCUGAAUGCCCGGGUGCAGGCUGCCCAGAUAUCCUGAAAAAAAACUCUCUUCUUGCCCAGAGUUUGUACAUACAGUUUGAGUACAUGUAGUUUAUUUGAAAUUCCAAUUUACAAUUAUAGCCAUUGACAAGCACAGGCACUGAAUUGCAGUUACAAUAUGUGGACAUGAUUGAUUUAAUCUACUAAGGGCUGCACCUCUAAUUAUGACUAGAUAGCUUUGGUAAGUGAUUAAGAGAUAUUA